GAAUACUUUAUGACUGGACGCUGAUUUUACACGGAACAGCGUUGAAUCCUCUGGAAAACAACACCCACGUUCCUGUUUUACAGCCUGCUGACAAAAUAAGUACGAUGUAGAAACUAGAACAGUUUAAACAGGAACUUAAUAUAUUUUCCAAAUAGAAAAUUUGCGAAAAGCAUCUAGGCUGUUCUUUAGCUAUCUUGCAAAAAAGCCUUAGUAGAUAAGAAUACCAUUUCAGAUAAGAGAUAGUCCGUCGGCAGUCCUCCUCUCUUUAGCGACAGCUUUCACAAAUGUGUUAGCGUAUCACUUUACAGGCCCUACAGGGGUGGGAGGUGGGGGGUGGUUGGUAGGCGGGGGGGCGUUGGGGGUAGUGGGAAUACCCAAAACCAAAAAGUUGUAUGGUGACGAUUGACUUUAAACUUGCAGAUCAAAAACAGGAGUGCGCUAAGGCUUAUUUGCUGAAGUUAGGCCAGAAAAUCUGUCGAUGAUUUUAUUUACAUUUGUCGCAUAAAUGCGGUCUUUAAUAAACGCCGAUAUCUCAAACGCUUUUAUUCCUACAAGAAUGUUAAUAGCAUUUUCUUUAAGUUCCACCAUUCUUUAUUUAGAAUUCUAAAAAUCAUAGAAAUCGGUGAAAUUGUUUCUGACUCAAAAACAUAACCAACAUGCAUAUAUAUAUAUAGGUUCGGGCCACCUUAAAAAAAGAGGGUUUACGCAACAAGGCUGCUCCCCGGAGGGGGCUACUUUGGUGAAUUUUUGCUGGGUAUGUGCUGCUGGCUUCUCAGAACCCCCACCACAUUAAACUCUAUUCUGUGGUCAAUUAUAGACCCAAACUUAGUCACUGUUGAGCAGAUAUAAUUAACUAAGCCACUUUCAAUCAAACUUCGUAAAAGACAUGACGUUUACUCCAGUUCGUGCUGAAAUGUUAGCAAAUUUUCCUAGGCCCGGUUCCUAAAAGGCUGAUUAGCCCUAAUCCAGGAUUAAAAUUUUGUUCCACUUUUUACAUUUAUUUGUCUAUACAUGGCAUUGUGUAACAUUUUGUGUUAUCAUUACUGUAUCUCGUAGUAAAGGCUCAACAGUAUUUUGUAAGCUCAAGUUGCCUGUUCUUAGACAGGAAAUCGUGCUUGAAAUGUGGCUAAAUCUUGGGUUAAGCUUAACCAUCUUUCGAGGAACCGGGCCCUGGAGUUUAAUUCUAAAGACUGGUGUCGAAGUUCAGAAAAAUGGAAAGACAGUCGUUUAAAUGCGUUUUCGCCCUCCACAAAACGUGAAAUUAGGCAGUUUCACGUCGUAGUGGUGAAGUGACGGCAAACAGUUGUUCAAAAAGCGUGAUUGGCACGGGCAAAGUUGUUGUUCUCCUUUUACUCCAUACAAACCCUUCUAAUUUUUGGGGGGGUCGGCCCAAAAGAAUUUAGAAGGACUUUGGAUUCUUUGAAUUACGAACUUUUCCGCGAUCACCAAGUAAAGUUGAAGUGGGUACAUUUUACCCCUUCACACUCAAGUAGGUUCCAAAAACACUUAGAUUAUACUUGAGAGCUCUAGUGUGAAGCCAAUAAUUGUUUCAACCCUUUAUGAGUUUCUGAUUCAGUUUGUAUUCUUCAUAUUAUUAGUUGUUGAUAAAAUACUAGAGACAGGCAGUGAUCAUCCUAUCGGUAUAGCAUUUGCAGACAUCAGUAGUAAAUUGCUCACCCUCAAGUUUUUAUCAUGUUUAAUUUUUCUUGUAUUGAUUGUUGCUAUGCAGAUUACAUUGUCCAAAUAACCGGCUGGCUUAAUAAAAACGAAUACUGGAUUCAGUUGUUUGGCAAUGGUGGAAAAACGUACGCACACAAACUAACACUCCAUACACUACAAUUUAAAGUGGAUACACGGUAAGAAUAUUUCUUUUACUUGCAGUUACUUACCGUAACUCGGAGUAAAAGCUCAACAGUUUGUAAUCUCGACUCGCGCGUUCUUAGAGAAGAAAACCUUGCUUCAAAUUUGACUUAAUCCUGGGUUUAACUUUACUAUCUUUCGAGGAACCGGGCCCAGCCCCUCUAUCUAGAAAGACCAAAAAACUGACUGUCGGGAAGAGGGAGGGAUUUAGACUCUUCCCUUCUUAUCUAGGACGAUCAAAGGGCCUCUUAUCGCAGGGUAUGAAGCGUGAAGUGCAAAUAAUAAACUAAUAAACUUCUAAAACUUUAGCCUCCAGCCUUAAGAAAUGGGGUUGCCAACUUUUGUUGACGCGAAGUGCAGUGGUCCAAUUAAAGACUGCUUGUAAAAAGGUCUUACGACUGUUUGAGAAAAAAACAAACAAACAAACAAACAAACAAACAAGCUAACUACAACUGCAACCAGAAUUGCAAAAGAUUAACAAAGUAUGUUAUGCUCAUUUUAAAUGUUAUUGUAGCUUUUCGGAAUCUUCAGUUGGAGUUUUAACAAAGGUACAACUUUUUCAAAGUGAAGUGAAGGAGAUUUACAUAGAAAAGGUUAGUGUUAAAGGAUGCAAUUCUUGACAAGUCUGGUGUAAUGCUUAUACAGUAAAGUCGACUCCCAGUAACUCGAACCCUCUAUAACUCGAACCUCCCGCUAACUCGAAGCAAUUUUCAUUUCCCUUCAUAUCAUUUUGUGUAUAAUUUUACCCUCGAUAACUCAAACUUUUUUCUAUUUCCCUUGAAGGUUCGAAUUACAGGGAUUUGACUGGAGUUAUACAAAGAUGAAUGAAGUUUUUUGCCUGGUAACCGAUCAGCCUGAUUGUAUCAACUUAGCUCUGGAAUUUUUCUUUAAAAAAUGGAACAAUUUGAAAGAAAUGUAGUCGACUCCCAUAAUUCGCACCUUCAAGGGAAACAGAUAAAAUUUCGAGUCAUCGGGAGUUCGAGUUAUGAGGGGGGUGAAUAGGGGUAUGCAAAUCCGCCGAUCCGCGGUAUUUUAAGGCCCGAUCCGUCGAUCCGACUUAAUUUUUGUUCAAAUCCGAAUCCGUGUUACUUAAAAAAAUUUUCGUGGUAUAUGUAGAAAGUAGCGUUGUAGCAUAAAAAAAUGAAUCACUUAAUAUAGUUGUUCUGUAAUCACAACAGAUGCGGGACUUCAUGUUUAAAAAGUUUUCGUUACAGCUUCAAAACAUUAAGCAUUAGGAACAGAGCUUAUAAUGUUUCUUCCAACAAUACAGAUUUGACUAAUCAAAUAGUCUGCAAGCUUGCAAAAUGAAAGUAUCUGGUAUUGCGUAAAAUAUUUCUUCUAAAAAAGACUUCUCGCUUGUCAGCGAACCGAUGCCCUUCAAACUUAAUUGGUUAACUGUUUUUCUAGUAUCUUUACUUGGUAAAUCAUGGAAAUUUCAGAAUGUCAACUUUCCUCAAAGAUCCUCAAAUUAGAGAGCUUCAAACUCCCAGUCUUUUACCAUACAUUUAUUGUAAAUUUUGCCGUGUUUGCCCUCAACCAAGAUGGCGACAGAAACCAUGAAAAGGUCUAUUAAGUUAACGAUCAAGACAAGCAAUCUAGCUGAAAUAGCUUCGAAGAACAUAAUUUAUAUCAGUGCAUGUCAGUAAACCAAAUAUAAAACUUACCGAACGUGCUCGCGUAGCUUCACCACACUUCCCCACUGACUGGAAUCGACGCAGCGUCGAACUAAUUUUUUUGAAUAAAGUCAUCGCCUUUGGCACCAGCGUGGUAGAAAAAGGCUACACACUCGAUAGUUCUAGUUUCCAUUUUGCAAUUUAGACAAUUUACACGAACUCAUUCACAGAUCUUGUCAGGUCACUUAGCAUUACCGCCAUUACCCAGGGUUCUCAAUAGAAGGCGGCACCCGGCGAUUGAUCGCCGCUUACUUUGGGAUUUAUAGCCGCUUACUUUGUGUUUAGGUCGCUUUUCUUUGCUUUGUUUUGACACCUCUGGCUUUGCUGAAGAGCCUCCUACUUUAUCAGUGAUCACCUCCUACUUAAAAAUCUAUUGAGAACCCUGCAUUACCUGAACCAUGUGUCACCAUGCAGGAAUCAUGCACAAGGUUGCCUGACGUCAUUUUCGUCACGCUGUCUAUACUAGAAUACAUGUAUAUGCGUCGGGUCACGAGAACGUCUCUUCCGGAAACCUCGGAAGUGGAACGUUAGCCGAAAAAACACCAGCACGUUGAACAAGGCCGACUGAAAAUUGAUGAUCCGAUCCACAAUCCGAACUUCUAGACUGACAGAAUCCGGAAACCGGGCCAAAACUUUCAGCUGACCCGCGAUCCACGGUAUUUUUCAAAUCCGCGAAUCCGCACGAUUUAUCGCCGAAAUCCACAAUCCGUGAGCUCUUUAAGGCCAAAUCCGCCGAUCCGCGGACCUAUUCACGCCCCUCAGUUAUCGAGAGCAAAAUCAUAUAGAAACACCUCAGAAGAGGACGGUAUUUAUCAUAUCGCUCCCUAUUAAAACGCUUUGCUUUUGUUAAACAGUAUCUUGGAGAAGUCUAAGAAGACAUAUGAGUAUGUUGGUUUUCUUGUGGAGUGCGUUUCGUAGAAUUUAAGUUUCAACUCACAGCCUCGCUUUCCUGUUUUGUUUAUUUUCACUGUUGUCGACUUUUAAAAACAUAGCUAUAACUCAAAAUGAAACUACCUAGCCAAAAAGAGGGUGCUUUGGAUGAUCAAACAUCUACAAACCGUUUCUGUUCACUAGGUUAAGCAAAACGGCUCUAACUCCCGGACUAAUAGAUUGACCCCAAAGUUGUAUGUUGUAUGAAGUUGUUUGGAUUUAAAAGGAGUGAUGUAAAAGAUAUGAUUUCUUCCAAGUAAAACAACAAUUGACCUGUUGAUGUUUUCAGGUAGUCGUGCGACAAGAAGGAGAGAAAACACAGUCUGUGUUUAUCUUGAAAGAAUAUAAAAAGGUUAAAACAAUCACUAUUAGCAGAGGUUAGUUGAAUUGUCCACCUCUGCAUAAGGAAGAAUAACCAGCGUUAAAAUAGCUUUUACACGUUCAUUUUUUAUUCCUUUCCAUCUCAGUCGCGUCUGGAAAAGGGGAACAGGCCAAAGUCGUUAGUAGGGGUAGGGGGAGUAGGGUUAAGUCUUAUAUGAAGAAGGCGGGGACGCCUGUCGAAACGUGAAAUCACACCCCUAAGAAUAGACGUAGUUCAAACUUUAACGAGACCAUUUUAAAAAAGAAAGCCAAAUUUUGAAGAGUGAACGCGUUUUUUUCUUCUUUCUAUCUCAUUUCAUUUCGACUCAGUUAAGAUGAGUCAAAUUUUUUUUACAGGAAACUGUAAGGAUCCUGGACAGCCACAAAAUGGCUUACGGCUGGGGACUGACUUUGGCUAUGGUAGCGUUGUAACAUUUAGGUGUGACAGUCCUUCGUAUGUUCUGAUAGGAGCCUCAGAGAUAACAUGUAGCGAAGGAAAGUGGAGUGGUAAAACACCAUCUUGUGGAGGUUGGUUUAUCCAGACAUCAUGCCAAGUGCAAACAUCAGCCUGCGGAAACUGCCGUUUCUCCUCACUCUUCGCCGCUGGGGACGUUUCGCGAGGAGGAACGUCUGCGACUCAGAGACAGAAAUUCCAUACUGAUUUUAUGACGUAAAUCAGUGUUUACAUAAUAUAUCCGGUAGUGAUGGGGUUCCACAUCCAAAAUUGUUUAAUUUUACGUUUCUCCUUGUCGCUUUUAAUAAAGUAUUGUGUUCACCUGCGAACGACCUCCAGUAAAAACUCAUAUGCUUCUUCCAGAGAAAAAUAUAUUCCACCAAGUUUGACUGUUUUGGUAGAGAUUCACCGCGUUUAUAUUUGGCCUUUGUGGCCUUUUAUCUUUCGCCUGUCAUUCGUAAACAAUAGCUAAAACAAUGUAACUACUCUGUCGAGCAAUCAGCGCUUCUGACCGGAUUCCGGACAAAUUUUCCGUCAUCAGUACGGAAUUUCUGUCGCUGAGUCGCAGACCUUAUUCCUCGUGAAACGUCCUCAGCGGCGAAAAGAGGAGAAACGUCUGUUUUCGCAGGCUAGUGCAAACAUAAGCUGUUUUGAUUCAAUGUUCCAACGAUCAACUGACACUUUUCAAUCCUCGUGUUGAAACGGCAUCCCGGCUGAUUUGAAUUGAAAUAUUCUGACGUUAGGUAAUUUUAGAGGAUAUUGAACUGAUCUAUCGAUUCAUUUAUAAAUGCAACAGUGAGUGAGGUCUGAAGAAAUUCCUUUUGAUUUUACCACGUGACACGUACUGGAUUUACUGAAAAACAGGAUUCUUAAAACCAAUUGCACGGCUGUGAUCAAUUGUAAAGCAGUCAACUGCAAAAGGAAAGAACAAAAAGAUAAUGGAUAUAAUAGUUAUUCGCUAAAAGGGUAACGUAGUUUUGCUCCAACCAGGUGCAUCUAUAUAAGAAAUGACAAGUCAUUAGAUUAAAAUGACAAAAUACGAGACUGCCUUAAUUUGCAGGAAAAUGCGCCAAAGGGCAAUUUUACACACGGGUGAGUUCUAAUAAGUUGGUCAAAACUGUCGAGAACCGCUGUAUUAUAGCGCCAACCAGCCGAUAGAGAAUUUCCUUAGAAUAUUAUUUGCAAUGCAUUGAAGUAAAAAUACGUCAUGACCAGUCAAACACAUUUGGUUGAUUUAGACAGGGAUUCAUCCUUACAGAGGUACCCUCAUGGUAAAGUUGAGUGCAGGUCAUAUUAAGAUGACCGAAAUCACUUAACUUUACACUGUCUUACUUAGAUGUGGACGAAUGCAAAGAAAGCUUGGAUAAAUGUCACUCUCACGCUAACUGCACGAACACUGAGGGUUCGUAUACAUGCCAUUGCAAACCAGGUUAUUUUGGAGACGGAUUUACCUGUGAAAAAGGUGAGACAGUUAACAGUGAUAAAGGGGAAAAAAGGGGAAAAUUACCAGUUAAUUAAAAGUCUUCUGAUAAGCACUCUAGGAGGUGUACAAACGACAAUGUGGAAGAUAUGCGUAAAAGCAUUGCUGCUGUAAUUUUUGCUCACAAAGGGCUUCUUAAAACUAAACCCUCAGGCGAUUCAGUUUGGAAUUCAAUGUAGGGGCGGCGCUCCCUUCCAAUGCUUAAAGUCAGCGAUAAAAUCGGUGACUUUUGUUUUUGGCGAGACAUUUCUCUCCGACAGGUGGUGUGUUCAUAACAACGAGUUUUGAUAGCCAUACAUGUAUUUAUAAUAACCAAGUUUUGAUUUCCAAGCUAAAAUUAGUAUUAGUGAUGGAGAUCAGUUUAGUAAACCUUAAAAGGCUUUAGUUGAAUUUGACCCCUCUUUGUUCUUUUUGGCACGAGAAAGAAACGCGAGCGCAGUAAAAAUUAUUUUUACUUUUUUUUUGUUUUCUUUUGGCUCUUCGCGUCCAAGUGAGAGCUUGGAACAGAGCAACAGAAUAGCAUAGAGGUAAUUCGAAAUAGGAGGGGGAAAGGGGUGGGUGGUUGACUCCGAUACGAGGAAAGCAGGCUCUUGUACAAAACAUGGAAUUUUACCCCCAUGAGAGACGAACUGGGCGCCACUAAAACGUUUUUGACCAACUAAGAGCUAUAGUAGUUAUUAAAUCCGAGAAUUAUCUUCCAAUUUUUUUUCUUCUCCUUUCUUUCUUUUUCCUCCUAUUCUUCUUUUUUUCCAAUCAAGCCUUUUAAGGUUUCUAUGUCAAAUCUUCGAUGAAUAUUCUAGAAUAUCGAAUCUCUUCCUUGUUGUAGAAUAUAUUGAAAUCUCGUUCUGAAUAGCUAAAAUGCGUUUCGAACUAUUCUUUACAGCAAAAUGUAAGGAUCCUGGGAAGCCCAAAAAUGGCUGGCAGGUCGGGAACAACUUUGCCGAUGGUAGCGUUGUAACAUUUGGGUGCAACAGUUUGUCGUAUUUUCUGGUAGGAGCGUCAAAUUUAACAUGUAAUAAAGGAAAGUGGAGUAAUAAAACACCGUCUUGUGAAGGUUGGUCUAGCAAGUGAAUAUUGUGUUAAUACAAAAGGUAAAUAAAUGAUACAUAUAGGAAACAAAAGCUACAACCUUAAAUCGCGUGAGCAUAUUUGUUACCAAAAAUCCAGAUGAUUUUAGAAGGAGUAGACGGGAGAUACAAUAAAUACCACUUUUUUUAAUUUGGGCCUUGGCUUAAUCUAUAUAAGGAGAAGCUAACGCGAUAGAGAAUUUAAGUUCCGACAGGCAUUAAAAAUAUGUCAUAAUCUGUCAAAGACAUUUGGUUGAUUUCAAUAGACCGACUGGAUGCAGCCUUACUGGUGAGAGCUUAUGGUAGAGUUGAUCGUAGGUCAUCCUUAACUCGUUGAGAAUAAUUGAAAUCACUAAACCUUUACAUUGCCUUAUUUAGAUGUGGACGAAUGUAAAAAAAGCUUGAGUGAAUGUCACUUUCAAGCUGAUUGCACAAAUACUGAGGGCUCGUAUACAUGCCGUUGCAAACCAGGUUAUUUUGGAGAUGGGUUCUCCUGUGUGUCAGGUAGGUGAAACAACAGCGAUAAGAGGUAAAAGUCGUUCGCAAAGGCGCUGACUUGUAGUCGUGCGAUAAGGAGGAGAAAAACAGAGACUGUGUCUAGGUUACUGAAUCGAUUGAAAAAAAACAUAAAGAUGAUAAAAUUAUUUCUAUACGUAAAAGUGAGGACGGACUGACUGACUGAAUGAAUGAAUAAACUGUAUUAACGUGUCAAUAUAAUAUCUAGUAGAAAGGGAAAUCCUCAGCUAAUAGGGGACACCUAACUUAGCAUAAAAUGUAUUAAAUUGACCAAAUCUACAUAAAGCUAUCGUAUGUUGGUUUUCACUGCCACGCCGUCGAAAAUGAAAAUGAAAACCGUUCAAUAGGUAUAAACUAGAAUCUGGAAAAUGAAAGGAUUUAAAUAUCUUAAGAUCCUCGCCAAGAUUCAGGUAGCUCCACAUUUCUUAUGCGAGUAGGAGAUAUUCGAAGAAACGAUUUACUCAAAUUUCUGGACCUUUGUCUUGAAACGCCAUGUUGGUGCCCAUUUGGAUGGGCAUCAACAUGGCGGCGGGAAACAAACAGAAAAAAGUUAUGCUACGAAAGCGUGGAUUCCUCUCGAGGAACUCAUAAACAUGAAAUUAACAUUGUUCUAGAAAAAAGACGAAACCUAUCGAAGAGAAAGUUUGUGUGAAUAUUUGUUUUUAGCCGCUCUAAUACUUCAUGAAAGUAAAAACUCGGGAGGAUCGAUAAUUCUCUGGUUUUGACGUCAUGUGAAAAACUAGCAAUUACAACAAUGCAGAAGAUAUACAUAUGAGCAUUGCUGCUCAAAUUUUUGCUUACUAAAGAGCUUCUUAAAGCUAAACCCUUGGGCUACUCAGUUUGGAAUUCAAUGAAGCGGCAGCAGUCCCUUCCAAUGCUUAUAGUCUCUAAACGCUUUUACCAAAUUGCCGAUUAAGUGGUUGAUUUUCUAGCUCUCAAGUUUAUUUGCCAACUGGAUUAUGUUUUUUUAUGGAGAGGCAAUUCUUUCCGACGUGUAAUGUGUUCGUAAACACGAGCUUUGGCACCCAUAUUUAACAAAAUUUUGAUUUUCACCCUAAAAUCAUUGUUAGUUAUAGAAAUUAGUCUACUUAACUUUUAUAGGCUAUAGGCUUUACUUUUGGCACGAGAAAAGAAAAGCGAGCGCGAUAAAAACGUUGUUUACCCGUUUAUUUUAUUUUCGGCUCUUCGUGACUAACUGAACGCUUAAAACAGACUAGCAUAGUAGAAACCUAAAGUGAGACGGGGGAAGGGGAGUGGGGUUGACUCCUAUGUGAGGGAGGCGGGGACUCUUGUAGAAAACCUGAGAAACACGAACUGGGCGUGACUUUAACUUUUUUAAUGCCUUUAACAUACCAAUCAAAAAAAAAAACUGCAAAGAGGAUCAUCGCAGUUAAAGACACAACUCAUGCAGUUACGAAAAGAAAGCCCGAAAAAGUUCAGGCUUACCGGGAUUCGAACCCUGACCAGCGUUAUAACCAAUUGAGCUAGCAAGCCAACUGGGAGCUGGACAUGAAAUUGGUUAGUAAUUUACCGGGGAAAUAAAAAUAUAUAUUUUCCUAACUGUGUGCAAGUUCUCGUGUUUUCAUUUUCCUUCAUUUUGCAGUUCUAAUAUACCUUAUUAUAGGAAAUUAACGCUCCAUGAAAUUAACGCGAAUCGUUAAAAUUCGCGUUAAUUUAAGUCGCUUUAAUUUUGUUGAGCGUUAAUUUCCGCAACGUUAAUUAAGUGCAGCGUUUAUUUCCGAGCACUUAUUUUCCAGUAUUUAAACCCCAGUUUUUACAAGCUUUCUUUCUGUCCAUUUACCCUUUAUUUUUCAUCUUUCACAAACCUAAGGGGAAGGUUUCUAAUAUUUCGAGUUCAUCUUCAUCGUUGUCGCUGUCAGAAGUGAUGUCAGCUCAGUUUUGUUCAGUUUUGAAUUUUUUUGCAUCCAGUGUACAUGUUGAAAUAAAUUUGUUCCAGUUGUCACCACCAACUGUGUUUUGAUCGCGUUAAUUUCCUUUAUUAUGAAAUUCUACCUCCUCUUUCGCGUUAAUUUUCUUUAUUCGAAAGUGGUUUUCCAUUAAAUUCGCGUUAAUUUAAGUCGCGUUAAUUUCCAAUACCUUAAUUUCAUGGAGCGUUAAUUUCCUAUAAUAAGGUAUGAAAUUCAUAUCAUCUCUUAAAUACGAUGACUAAACUAAUUUUGAAUGCUUUUCUUCCUUAUUCUCUCUUUUUUGUAUACCAAAACUUAAAGGUUUUCAUGUAAAAUCUUCUGUAAAUAUUCUAGAAUAUGGAACCCUCCGUUGUUGUAGAAUACAUUGAAAUCCUGUUGCGAAUUUCUAAAAUGAGUUUCAAACGGUUUUUUUACAGCAACAUGUAAGGAUCCUGGAAAGCCCAAAAAUGGCUGGCGGCUGGGAACCAACUUUGGCAAUGGUAGCCUUGUAACUUUCAUAUGUGACAGUCCGUUGUAUGUUCUGGAAGGAGCUUCAAAUAUAACGUGUAAUGAAGGAAAGUGGAGUAAUAAAACACCGUCUUGUGAAGGUUGGUCUAACAAGUAAAUGAUGAUAAAUAGUUGCCACAUACAAGCAAAAUAAGUAGUCUGUGUGGCAGGAGUCGGUUAGACUUUUUGGUACUUUGUUUAUCGAACGAGCGAGGGAAACACCUUUUGUCUCAUCGUGCGCACGCGCGCGUCUACGAUAGUUCUCCUUUAGCCCUAAAAAAAACCGGCGCUGCGCAGGCUACCGGUUGACUCCGGGAACAGCUUGUUUAAUUAUUUAUAAAAUUUCAUUGUUUGGUACGGCGGCAAACCUGGAAGCCAUUUUUCGCGAAACUUCCCGAGUUUAGCAUUGCUCGCUCGAAGGAGCUGGAGGUGAAUCAGUGAAUAGCACUGUAUAUCCGGAGUUUGAGUAGCCAAUCAGAGUGCGCAAAAAACACUAUCCUCUGUUUUAGUAUAUACUAAAACGUGUCAUUCCUUCAACAGGAAAGAAUAUCCGCUUUAGAGGCAAGUCAUUUGGCAAUAUCAAUGGUAUCGACCUUACUGGUCUUCUCGUCGAUUUGAUUGCAAUCACAAAAGACGGUCGUGUAUAUGUGUACAUACUGAAACCUCCACUCGACCUUGCCCACUCCCUGAAGAUUCUCACACCUUUUGCUGACGCGAUUGGUUGGUCGAUGGGUGUUAUAAAUGCAAAGGGCGUUCCGAAUGGUUUUACUUUAAUUGGCCACAGGUUUACAAGAAACGUGGUAGUUUCCUUCGACACAGGUAAACGGGUAAAUUUAAGUUUUUUCUACUUCCUUCCGAAGAAGCGGUACAUCGAUUUUCAAUAUUGGGUCACAGACAUAUCUGCAAGACAUUUUUCCACUUGGACUCGCACUGGAAUGUUUUAAAAGUCGAGACUUUUCCUUCGCUUUGUAGUUUUAAUUUUUUUGUGGAGUCCACGUAGUUACCUGAUACAUUUUAUAUAACAGUAUAAAUUAUUUGAAGCUACUAAACAGUAUGUCGUCGAAAAAAAGGUCGUUUAACCCCAGUCUUAAAAUUAGUAAAUCCCUCAGCUGUCUACUAAAAUUUCCGCCGCUCUGUCGGGUCCCCCAGCUGGUAAUGAGACCCUACAUUCUUAGCGAAAUAGUUUGGUGGCUGGGCGUACACAUACUUGUGAGGUGACGGUUGUGGUGGCCAUCUACAAGUAAGUUUCCUUUGCUUUUUCUUCUUUUCCACAAUUUCUAGUAAUGAUGCUUAAGUCGACUUAUGGCAACUAAAAAGACUGGUGUGAUUUUUUUUUGUCAUAGCUUCGAUUGUUGUUUCUUGUCUCAAAAUAACCACUUGGCUUUGACGUUAUCGAACAGGUGAAGUUUUAAACUUAUACCAGAGUUUCACGGGUAAAGACCCAAGCAUGACUGUCAUCGCCUUUGAGUCUGCAAUCAACGGCACAAUGCCAGUCAUCAGUCCGAAUUCUAGCGUCAAAGUUCAUUCUUUCAAAGAGGUUUUUCGUUGUGUGGACCGUGGAAGAGUAGAGUCGAAUGGAACAGUCACUUUCGAAGUGGACGGACAAGUAAACGAGUUCUCGGUGCUGCAGAAUAUCGCUUACGACGAACUCGAUGGAUGUGAAAGCGGCUUCGACAGCUUUAAUGUGGAGUCCAGCGUUCUUCAUUCAAAAUACGAUGAAAAACAGAAGUACUCUGGAGUAGCUAUCAAAUCUUCCAUUAUAAACGCCUCAAAACAAGAGGGUGAGUACCUAAUACAACCACAAAAAUAAUUUUCUCCAAAAAUUGUCUAUUUACAGACUGUCGCAAUUUGUAAUAAUCAUCGCACUUUGUAAUACCUGUCGCAACUUGUAAUAAACCGUGUCACGCUUUGUAAUAAAAAAGCCGUCGUAGUUUUGUAAUAACUUUCCAUCGCACUUUGUAAUAAACUAAGCUUUCGCAAUUUGUAAUAAUUCCAUCGCACUUUGUUAUAAACUUACAUUAUUUUCUUUGGUCAAACAAGCUUGUCUUCCGUUAUAAAUUUUUCUGCCUUAAUUAAUCACGUGACCAACGAGAAUCGCUUUUAUGAAAGACAUAAAACUUCCUAUGACAUGUCACCAAAAAAAAAAAAAGAAUCUUUUCAUAUAUUUGAAUUCAAAAAUAUUCAAAUAACAAAAGCAACAUUUAAGAACAGAAAAUUCAUGAAUAACCUGGCAUUCGUCGUCCCAAUCCAAUCCAUGGGGGGGUAACUCAAGUAGUAAUGGAUGGUUUGGUUUAUUAUCCUUUCUAUUUUGUGGAAAAAAAAAUUAUCCUAAACACGCUCGGAAGAAUUGCAAGGUCUUACGAGUUCUAUGUAGGGAAGGAGAUUUUUUUUACUAUCCCCUCAGUAUUUGCUUUAGAGGGCUCCAUAGAAAAAAAUUGUUUUAGGAUGGAAUGAUAGUCCUUUUGUUCCUAUAUGGGACCAAAUCAAGAGAGAAUAAUGGACCAAAUGGCCAGCCGGCUCAGUGUAUCAGUCCAAGCGAGUUUUAUAAAAAACAGGUACACACAAAGGUAUUGGCCAGCGACUUAUUGGAUUUUGUGUUUAUGUUUCUGUUGUGGUUCGACGGUUUGCCACGGGUGACGUUUUUGUUUAUUUGCAGUAAAAUACAUUUUGAAUUUUACAGGCCUCGUCUGAUUAAUUUGGGCAAAAUAUAGAAGCCACUAUUACUUCUUCUAAGAUUGCGUCUUAGACAAGGACGCUGUUUUAUCGACCUGUUUUAAGAUCUAAAAAGGAAAGCUUUCCUGGUGUCCUUAUUUGAAUGAUGUAAGGAUGGAUGUUACGAUUUUUGGAAAUUAAAUGCCUUUUAAUAAUGGCUCAUUUGUGUCUAGUGUGUCUAGAUUCUGUACUCUGACAACGCUCUGUACAGCGGCACAUCCCCGUAUUGGCUAUAUAAGGGAGCAUGCCCCCCCUCCCAGAUAACCAUUGCAUGCAAACCAUCUAAUACAAUAGCAAGGUUUAAGAAUACAGAAUUUCGUACGUCAGAUAAUCAAUCAACAUUAAUUAAAAAUAAAAACGUUUAGGACAGUAAACAAAGUUAAAUGGUUUGAAUGAGCGGAGAUAUAAAUUACAAAAAAGCAAAAGUAAUUCAUCAUCUUUGUUUACAAAGUACCAUUCAUAUUUUGGCAUUAUAUUAAUGUUGACGAAGCAAGUUGAAUCACUCUUAAAAAAUUAUUACAAAGUGCGAUGGACAGAUAUUACAAAUUGCGAUGAUUAUUACAAAUUACGACAGUACUGUUCCCUGGGCUUUCGUUUCAGUAACGUCUGGUAGUUCAUACACGAAAUAAUUAUUCUUUUAAGUGUACAAAUUGUUUCUUUUCUUCAGAUUUCACCCCUAGUUUACUCACCAGAUAUGCUAAUUGUUAACAAGCGCCCACAUAGUAAGUCUGGGAUGCUAGUGUUUAAAGCAGUUCUCUUUUCUUUUCUUGUUUUGUUUUUCUUUUCAUUCUGGUUUGAUAGUUGCCAUAAGUUUUCAGUUCCAACGCGGGGGAUCGAGAUCCUGAACCUUAAAAAACACUCACACCAUUAUUUCUCCAAAGGAUGAUAACCCCAGCUUCUUAGGUAUAGGGUUACGCUAUAUAAAGGACUUAGUGUGCUGAAAUAGAACAAAUUUUGACAAUACGUCCUUAGCUCUUACAAGUAACUCAGAGUACAAUUAUUAACAGAGAGAUAUAUUUCAGAUUGUAGAUGGUCACUUGGUACAGAGAAGUUUAAAAUUGGGAGUUUUAGGAUCAGUUCGCCUGAUUCCCAUAACAUUCCUCUCCCCCGCCUUCAUGGACAUUUCUCUUGGUGCACAUCAGGACAGACAUAUUUAAAGAUCUACCUUGGUGCAAACCCCAGGUACAAAGUCACCGCCAUAGCCACUCAAGGAGGGGCAGACAAAAACCUAUGGGUGAAGCAAUACAAACUGCGUUUUCGUGUUGGUAACAUAGAAGUUCCUUACAAAGAAUCUGAAGCACCGAAGGUCA